CAUUGUUUCAAUUCAAAAUGGUGGACUAGCAAACUUUGAAAAUAGAACGUUUAACAUCUUUGUUGUUUGACAUCUGUCAGUUAACUUUUUUUAUUGUUUAUAUUUUGAAUACCGUUACAAUGAGGUUUGCAUUUUUAUUUUUAGUAGCAACCUCUUUGGUUUUGAGUGAUUAUUGUGAAUGUAAACAGUUUACAAGAUGCGGACUAGCUAAAACUUUGUCGCAAAUAAAAGGGAUUAAAAAAAGCUUUUUGGGGACUUGGGUAUGCUUGAUAGAGAAAGUGAGUAAGAGAGAAACUACCGCUCUUACAGUGAAGUCAAAUGGAAAGAAAGCCUAUGGAUUGUAUCAAAUACCCAGUGAGUGGUGUAAAGAAGGCAAACGCGGUGGCCGCUGUAACAUAAAAUGUGAAGAUCUGCUAAACGAUGACAUCCGUGAUGACACAGCGUGUGCUCUGAAGAUCAUGGAGGAGCAUGGUUUCCAGUACUGGUCGCUUUGGACUACGAGGUGCAAAAAUGACAACUUCAUCACUAAUGAGAUUUAUAAAUGUCCAGACCUAAACCGUCUCAGUCCAGAACGCAGCCUAUUUCUGAAUCGAGGCUCAGCUCUAAGACGAAGACGUUCAAUCAACAGGACUAUCCGAAAAUCCAGGUUCAGAAGAUCUAGGCGUACAAAUUAAAUCAAAUUAAUUUGUUUGUUGAUGUUUAAAAUAAACUUGUUUCGAAGUCUG